GGCCGGCGGAGGCGUUUCCUUUGGGCGAGCCGAUGUUUUCGCAUAGAGGGAGGAGAUCCCUCCUCCUUCUUCGGCCGGGAACCGCCGAAAUGAUCCAUUUUUGCCAUGAGUAGAGAUCUAAUAAAGUGGCUGGACCAAUAUUCACCAUGGCAUCAGAACUUUGUAAGACGAUAUCAGAGGCAAAACUAGAAAGGCACAAGAAUUUAUUCUUGAACUAUCGAAAUCUUCAUCAUUUUCCUUUAGAGUUGCUGAAGGAUGAAGGUCUGCAGUACUUGGAAAGAUUAUAUAUGAAAAGAAAUUCCUUAACUACCUUGCCAGAAAACCUUGCUCAGAAACUUCCAAAUCUUGUAGAACUAUAUCUGCAUUCAAAUAAUAUUGUUAUUGUUCCUGAAGCAAUUGGUUCAUUGGUUAAACUGCAGUUUCUGGACUUGAGUGACAAUGCCCUUGAAAUUGUAUGCCCAGAGAUUGGGCGUUUGCGAUCUCUGCGCCAUCUUCGAUUAGCUAAUAAUCAGCUAAAAUAUUUGCCAGCAGAGCUUGGAGACCUUAAAGAGCUGCAGACACUGGACAUCUCAACCAAUCAUUUGAUAACCUUGCCUGAAAAGCUGCACAUGUGCCUCUCUCUUCAGUACCUCACUGCUGACCAGAAUCAUCUCUGGUACGUCCCUCGCCAUCUUUGCCAGCUUCCCAGCCUCAAUGAGUUGUCCAUGGCGGGAAACCAGCUUGCCUUCUUGCCUCUCGAUUUGAAGUUCAUGACUCCGAUCUCAUUACCCAGAAGCCUCCUGGAUUUGCUGCACUGCCCUCUGGGACACUGUCACCGUUGCAGUCAGCCCAUGUUCACGAUUGUCUACCCAAAGCUCUUCCCCUUGAGAGAAAUUAAGAGCCAAGGUUGCUAG